AUGUACAAGAAAUCCACCAAUGUCUCCAGCCGCGUUGUUUUCGUUUGCGUCUGGCUCUCUGCCCUAGUUACCAUGAUUCUCUUUCCAAUAUGUUCCUUAGUUGUUCUGGCCUUACAGGCUCGAGCAGCUCCUACCCCUUUGGAAAGCAGCGCAUCUACGAUAGCAUUGGCAAAGGCUCACUUCGAGACUUUAGCCAAGACUGCACUUCAUGUGAGCAAUGAAAACAUCACCAAGAAGUCUCCUCAUUUAUCUGGAAAUUGCACACUGGAAAAUUUGCAUAUUCGUCGCGACUGGAGCGCUUUCUCCUCUGACGAGAAGAAAGCCUACAUCAAGUCCGUGCUUUGCUUGCAGGAAAAACCAGCGCUGACCCCUUCGACGCUUGCCCCUGGAGUCAAGUCACGAUAUGACGACUUCGUGGCUAGUCAUAUCAAUCAGACGUUGACAGUCCACUUUACGAAGGGCAAUUUCUUAGCUUGGCACAGAUACUUCAUUUUCGAAUUUGGAGAAGCUUUAAGAAAUGAAUGUGGCUACACGGGUGAUUAUCCGUACUGGAAUUGGGCUGCUGAUACUGCUGACAUGGAGAAAUCAGAGGUAUUUGACGGCAGCGAUACGUCAAUGUCUGGAAACGGAGCCUAUAUUGCAGAUCGACCUGAUAUAAAAUUCUCCGUCGGCGAUCUUCAAGUCACCCUUCCCAUCGGAACCGGAGGGGGCUGUGUUGAAACUGGUCCAUUCAAGAACUAUACCGUCAACCUUGGCCCCGUUGCUCUUGCACCUGGAGGAAACGACCACCCUCUCGACUAUAACCCACGCUGUCUUAAACGCGAUUUGACCACGGCCCUUUUGCAAAACUACGCAAACUAUUCGUCAAUUGUGCACCUGCUUCAGAACAACGACAACAUCUGGGACUUCGAAAAUCACCUACAGGGUGCUCCGUAUACUGGAUCUAUCGGUGUCCAUGGUGCAGGUCAUUACUCUAUUGGCGGCGAUCCUGGUCGCGAUGUCUAUGUGAGCCCAGGAGACCCGGCUUUUUGGCUCAAUCAUGGAAUGAUUGAUCGUGUGUGGUGGAUCUGGCAAAACUUGGAUUGGAAUAAUCGCCAGAAUGCUAUAUCGGGAACCAAUACGUUUCUGAAUCAGCCACCUUCGGCAAACACUACCCUUGACGAUGUCAUUGAUCUUGGGUACGCUAAUGGUGGCGGUUCCAUUGCCAUACGGGAUAUUAUGAGCACUACGGCGGGACCAUAUUGCUAUGUCUAUGUGUAA